GUGUUUGAUCUACAAAUGAAACUGUUUCAGAACCUGUGUGUUGUUUUCCUGCUGGUGGCAGCCGCCGUGGUUUCUGCUAGGCAGGACCAGCAAUCGUCUAAGGCUGAGGACCAAGAAGGCGCCAGUGACAAAGUUACGUCCAUCUUGGUGCAUCCUGGACCGAAUGGCCCAAGACACGUCAUCAUGUCCGACGAUCAUCAGGUUCUGUCAACAGAGGGCUUCGCUAGCCGGGCUGUCGACAACGACUUCCACCUACCCUCUGGUAACUUUCCUCUUCGGGGGGAUAGUGUGGACUUCCACCACACCGUGCCACCCCCUCUUCACCACGCGACCUACGGGCCCGCCAGACCGGUGGCCGUGCGGACUCGGGGGCACGGGCAACUGUACCAUCACCGGUUCGGGGUGCGAAGCAAGAUCCCACACCUGAAGGCCGCCAAGGAGGACGUCAAAGGUCUCGAUGCGGUCUACAAAUACUCCACGUACAUCAAGCAUGACGACGAGACCAACAAGGAGGCCGCUGGAGAGGACGACGUCUCGUACGACAGCAAGGAGCAGGACAAGCCCGACUACAGUGUGACCGUACCGGAGAGAGACACCUACGAACGGACCCCCCAACACGAGGGGCUAUCGGCGUACAGGAACCGCCACGAAGAGGAGGAACUGAAGUACAGAGAGAGCAUGGGUGACCUCGACGACGACUACAACAAGAACAGCGAUUACUCGUACGAAAAGAAAGCUAGACCUCUUCCCUAUUCAAAACUGUACUUCACCAAGCAGCACAGGUACGUUCCUAACAAUGGGAACGAGAAGAAGUACUACACCCCCAGCGUCAACUACAACCGCUACAACAACUUCGAGGACCAGCCGCACUACGAUAAACCGAGCGGGUUCGAUGACAUGAAUGGAGGCAAGGUAGUCCCUAUACUUGCCAAGUUCUACAAGCAGCCGCUGCCAGUCAUACAUUCCCAGCUGCCGGCAGACAAUUCGGGACUGUACUUACAAUUCUUCCAGCCCGUACCCGUGAGAGCCGCCUACGACAGAGGAGAGGUUUCGGACAACUAUUUCGAACAGUAUCCUGAAGAAAAGUCAAGUCCGAAGAGUCAUUUCCACUCCUCUGAAUCCGAGUGGACUCCUAUCAACGCUCCGGAUGGAGCUGUUCCCGCCAAGAGCUACGAUAUCCCAGCGCCCGAUCUGUCCCUCGGGAAGAUCGUCACCAGUAAGGUGUUCCGGAGAGGGUCUGACACCCCUGCCGUCGUCGUAGGCAAGAGUAAGCAGACUAUGACUUCUAACCAUCACAUUCAAGGGAACUCAGAAGGAGUCGUAUCGGCCGUGGUAAGGGUUAAACAAUAAACCAAUUUAAAUCUGUCUCUCACACGUGCAGUUAACAAUUGAUUGAGAUCCUCGGAUAGUUUUAAAAAAGGAAAUCUCUAAGCAAAUAACUUGUGGUCAGUUCCACUUAGUCAUAAUUCUCAUUAUUUAUUUAUUUAAAUAAUAUUUAUGCUAAUUGUAAGACAUAAAGUUCCUCUAUAUCAAUUUUUACCAUGAAGUAAAGUCAAUGUAAUACGGUUACACUAGGCAUUUGUAUUUAAUUAUGUACCGUUAAAUAUAAAAAGUUAUGCAAUAUUUUUAUUCUGUCCAGUGUGUAUCCUCAAGUAUGUUUUAUAUACUUUUAUGAUGUAAAAAUGAGGAAUUUUUCUAAAUAAGAUGAAACUUGUUAUUAAUCUUUUUUGUAUCACUUUUUUUACUGUUAAUAAAACUCUAUAAAAGAGUGUUAGUUUUUA